AUGAGUGAAACAAGCAACCCACUUCAACAACUUCAAAAAUAUAUUAUUGAGAAGAAUAUUAAUAGUUAUGAUUAUACUUGUUUUAGGAACGUUAAAUUAAUUAAAAACGAGAGAUUUACAAGAGUGUAUCGCGCUAUUUUUGAAAAUAAAAUUACUAUUAUAUUAAAAUCAUUUGAAAACAAUAAUCCAACUAUUAAUGAAGUUAUUAAUGAGAACGUCAACGGUGGAACAUUAAGAUCAUGUUUACAUGAAAAUUCACAACACCUAUCAUGGAAUGAUAUAAUUAAAUUUUCAUUUCAAAUUGCAAGUGCUGUUAGACAUUUACAUUCUAAAGGAAUAUUUAAUCUUGGAUUG